AUGCCUACUCCCGAAUCGGCGGCCUUCCUGGCCAAGAAGCCCACCGUCCCGCCCACGUUCGACGGCGUCGACUACAAUGAUACGAAGCGCCUGAAGCAGGCCCAGGAUGCCAUCAUCCGCGAGCAAUGGGUCCGAGUUAUGAUGGGUCGUCUGGUGCGGGAGGAGCUGUCCAAGUGCUACUACAGGGAGGGCGUGAACCAUCUGGAGAAGUGCGGACAUCUGAGAGAACGGUACCUCCAGCUUCUCUCCGAAAACCGUGUUCAGGGUUAUCUCUUCGAGCAGCAGAACCAUUUCGCGAACCUGCCAAAGCAAUGA